AUGGUUUCCAAGUCAAACCCACUCAACUGCUCAACACUGUUGGCACUUCUUGCUCUAGCAGCAUCCGUCGGUCGCGUACUCGCCACUUCGCACUCCAAGAUCACCGUCGCUAGUACCCCGGUGUCCUACGAUGUUGUAGACCCAAACCAAGUUGGCGGCCAAACCCCUCGGCAUUUGCGGGCUUUGGGGAUCGAAGACGACGACAGCUCCGUAGAGAGAGCUUUUCCUGAGCUUAAUUCGAUGCUGAAGAUAGUCAGGCCCGACAAACAGGACAAAGCCAAAAACCUCUUCGUGCGUCUGAAGCUUCACGAGUCAACAUCCAAUCUCUUCGGCAAUCCGAAGUUCCAGGAGUGGAUGCGAUCCGUCGAAAAGUCCUACAAGAAAACCCCGGAGGCGGCCGAUGCAGCCAUGGUUCUGACGAUGACGACUCAAUUCGGAGAUGACGGGCUAGCCAAGCUACUUCUGCUCGAGAAGACCUCCCCCGACACGAAGGAGAUGGCUACACGAUUGGAGGGCGUGCAGUUCAAGAAUUGGAUUGAUAGCAAGCAAACAGCCACCGGCGCUUUUAAGCUGCUUAAACUGGACCAAGACGCGGGUGACAUCUUGAAGAACCCGCUCGUGAGCACUUGGAUGUCGUACGUGAAGCUGCGCAAGGAAAGCCCAAUCAACGAGAUGCUCCUUCAACUGAAAACUCGCUACGGCGAUGGAGCUCUCGCUCGGAUGCUUGGUUUGGCGAAGCAAGACUCCAGCACCAGUUCCAUCGCUGGGCAACUGGAGGAGGCGCUAGUGAAGGGGUGGUUAAACAAGCGAAAGACGGACGACUACGUGUUCCGGCUCCUCCGACUGAACCGAAAAGGAGCCGAUCCGUUUGAGAGUCCGGUGUGGAACACUUGGGUCUUGUACGUGACGAAACACGAGAGGCCGUACGAGUCGAUGCUCUCGGUCCUCAAGACCCACUACAGCGAGUUAGAAAUCUCGCGCAUGCUGGCGGCAGCGACUGGAAGCGAAAGCACGCGUGGCGUUGCAACGAGGCUGGCGAAAGUGCGGCUCACAAGUGAAACGGUGAACGGCGGCGAGAGUGCAGCCGCGGCUUUUCAGCGUAUUAAGUUCGACGAAAAUGGCGAGAAAUUGUUCCACAACGCGGAGUUUGUAGCGAAGGCCGAAAGGUACGGGACGAAGGACACGCUGCAAGUACUGAGGGCGCACUACACCGACGAACGUUUGGCAGCAAUACUGAACGUGGCAAGCCAGGCUCCCUCUAAACGCACAAAGGUCGUCGCCAUCUCCUUGCAGCUACAACUGUGGCAAGACCAAAGAAGAAGUGCCGACGAGGUUUUUAAGCUGCUCAAGUUGGAACAAGCAGGCGGCAGCGUUCUCCGGAGCCCGUUUCUUGAAACUUGGGUCUUGUACGCAGAGAAGCUGGGCAGGGUCGACAAGAAGGUGGGCGAGUUUGCGGCAAUUGCAGUCCUAGAGCGUCGUUUUGGGGGUGUGGAGUUUGCGAAGAUGCUCUCGGCUGCAAAGAGUGAUGGCGCGCUGAAGGCUAGCAGUGUCAUUGAUCAGUUACAGAAACUCCAGUUCAAGAAGUGGUUCAAGGCGGGAGAGGCGCCCAAAUCGGUAUCGGAAAAGGUCAUCAACAGACAGGACCCAAGAGGCUUAGAUUUAAGAGGCUCAGAUGUUGCUUAUGGAUAUCAGGACUUCUACAAAGCUAUUGUCGCUAGAGGUGGCCUGAAGGAUAAGACCCGUCUAGACUCGAUAAUCGAACGCGUUUAA